AUGAGCGUCGCGGUGCGGGUCCUGCUGGCCACGCUGGCGCUGGCAGCGUGCCGGGGCCGCGGGGCGGCCGUGCCGCAGACAUCCACGCUGCUGAAGGAGAGCAUCACGCUGCUGAGCGAGCUCCUGGCCGCACAGGUUUCCUGUGACAAGAUGAACGCGACAAAUAUUUUUGCAGGUGAUAAGAACGAUGACAUGGAGAUCCUAUGCAAAGCCUCUGCAGUUGCCUUGGAGGGUCAGAGCUGCCACAACCACCUCGAGGGAAUUUACAUGAACCUGCUCAGCCUGCUCCAAAUAAAAGGCACAGCCCUCAAGGUACAGCAAGCCCCCCCGACCCCCUAUAUGGGCUGUAGAGCCCUGAGCCUCCGAGCUGCUCCCUUGGUCGCUGUUUUUGCUCUCAUCCAAAGCUCUCCCAACCACACCAGCAGCCAAGGCCAUGCUGGAGAACCAGCUCACCCAACAAGUGUCCUCAUGGCCAUUUAUUCUCUUCCCAUUCAGGCCCCAUGUCCCGUGGCCACAGGCAACACUAUGUCACUGCAUGAUUUCCUACUGAACUUACGCAGAGUCCUCCAACGAUUACUAAAAGGCUAGAGCUUCAAGGGAAAAAACAUGGGGUUUUCUUUGUUUGUUUUUAAACCAUGACACUGUAUUUUUUUGAAAUAUUAUUUAUAAUAAUUCUCUAAAUAAAUGUAUUUUUGGACUAAAUCUGUUGGCAUUGCAUUAGAAGUUGCUUGGCUGGAAACUGGAGAGCACAGGAGGAGAUGUGGGAGCUCCGGGGUGCUGGAGCAGGGGACACGGGGCCGCAGGACCAGCUGAGAUGCCCGGGGGGGACAAGCACCCAGGGACCCUGCAGGGCAGGGAGGGAAGGAGCGGGGUCUGUGGUUCUGAGCUAUUUCCUAUCCACAUUCUCAGAAAGGGGCAAGUUUGUGACUGGGCUGGAAACCCAGCGCUGACUCUAGAGAGCAGAGCAGUGACAGGUUCCUACAUGGAGCUGAGGCUUUAAAAUCAUGACAUAUUCUUGCUGUUUUGACAUAUAAGCUACAAGAAAAACAUGGAGCUACAGUGAAUAGAGCCCAUGGUCCACUGGCAUAAAGGAGGUGCUGGCAAGAGUUGCCCAAGUAAUUUGCCCUGCUAUGGGGUUAAGGCUGGUACUAACUCAAGGAAAGCAGGUCCAAGCAGAGGAAAAAGCCCAAGAGAAGCCAGAGUGGGGGCACUGC